CCUCCCCGCUUCUCCGCACACUGGUCGCCGUUUAGCAAACCAGAAAAGGCAGAAGUAAAGCAGCAAUGUGGCUCACUGUGGCGAUUGUUACCGUCACUUUGCUUGUUGUCUUUUUUAAAUAUGUCUUCCCUUCUCCGGGACCCAAUCCCUUUCAGACGGACACGCGGGAACCCCUGAAGCCGAUGAUCCAUAACCGCAAAGAGAAGAAUAAGGUGUUGAAACAAGGCUUCCUGGCCAGUAAAGUUCCAGACAACUUGGAUGCGGUCGUCAUCGGCAGCGGGAUCGGUGGGCUCGGCUUGGCUGUACUGCUGGCAAAGGUGGGAAAGAAAGUCCUGGUUCUGGAACAGCAUGACCGGGCCGGCGGAUGCUGCCACACGUUCACCGAGAAGGGUUUUGAGUUUGAUGUCGGAAUCCACUACAUCGGGGACCUGCUGGACCACAAGCCAUUCCGCUGCAUGCUGGACCAGCUGACCAACGGGCAGCUACAGUGGGAGCCCCUGGACAACCCGUUUGACCAUGUCGUGAUUGGGCCGCCAGAAAACCGCCGCCACUAUCCCAUCUACAGCGGGCGCACACGCUUCCCUGAGGAGUUGAAGAAGUGCUUCCCGGGCGAGGAGGCAGCCAUCGACGAGUACAUGCGACUGGUCAAGAAAACGGGACGAGGCAUCUGGUUGAUGGCCAUGCUCAAGCACCUGCCAGCCUUUUUGGCUGAGUUGCUUGUCCGCAGCGGUGUGAGCAAAUAUCUGUCGGCCUUCUACAAAAUGGCGCCUCGCAGCCUGACCGAAGUCGUCAACGGGCUGACGGAGAACAAGGACCUCAGGGCCGUCUUCUCUUACAUCUUCGGCACCUACGGUAAUAUGCCGAAAGAUGCCAGCUUUGCCAUGCACAGCCUGCUGGUCAAUCACUACAUAAACGGGGCCUGGUACCCGAAGGGCGGCUCCAGCGAGAUUGCUUACCACAUGAUCCCCAUCAUCGAGAAGGCAGGUGGCGCCGUCCUGGUGCGAGCUCCGGUAAACCGCAUUCUGUUUAACGACGCACGGGAAGCGUGUGGUGUGAGUGUUAAGAAGGGCGAGGAGGAGGUGCAUAUUCAUGCUCCCAUGGUCAUCUCCAACGCGGGUAUCUUCAACACCUACCAGAAGCUUCUGCCCAAAGAGCUCCAGACCACGCCGGCAAUACAGAGGCAGUUGAGUAUGAUGAAGCACGGGGAUGGUGGCCUCAGCAUCUUUGUCGGACUCGACGGCACCAAGGAGGAACUGGGCCUCAAAGCUGACAACUACUGGAUCUUUGCGGAGAACAAUUUUGACGAACUGGUGACAAAGUACAAGGACGGCGACAGGGAGGAGUCGUGUAAAAGCAUUCCCCUUCUGUUUGUCGCCUCCCCUUCUGCUAAGGAUCCUACCUGGGAGGAGAGGUCACCAGGCAAGUCCACAUUGAGUUUGGUCAGCUUUGCCAAUUACGACUGGUUCGAGGAGUGGAAGGAUGACAAGGUGACCAACCGAGGAUCCGACUACAAGGAGUUAAAGCAGGCGUUCACUGAGACAGCACUGCAGGUGGUGCUGGAUAUAUUCCCCCAAAUCACCAGGGACAAGGUGGAAUACAUUGACGCAGGCACGCCCAUUACAAACGUGCACUACAUCGGCGCCCCCAAAGGGGAGAUCUACGGCGCAGACCACAGUACUGAGCGCUUCACCCCGGAAGUCAGCGCCAACAUGAGGCCCCAGACGCCAUUCAAGAACCUCUAUUUGACAGGUCAGGAUGUGUUCGUGUGCGGCUUUGCGGGUGCACUGGCCGCCGCGCUCACCUGCGGCUCGGCCAUCCUCCAUCGCAACCUGCACCUGGACACCAUCAUGCUGGCCAAGAAGACCAAGUUUGUCAACAGCAAACUGAAAGGGGUGUAACCUGGGAGAACAGCAGCUGGCUUGAUGAACAGAGCUUGUUCAUCGGCUGAUGAAACACACAAACAAUUGACUCCAUUCUUGUCUACGGUGCCUUUGAGUAAUUAAAUAUAUGAAAAAUAUAUCCUAUUUGCCACAACAUACACAUUUAUUGUGUAAAAUAUUAUUGAUAUGGAAUAUAUUUAUUAAAAUACAAAAUUUAGAAUGGCAUAAUUAUAAAUUAUGUUACAGCAUAUUAUACUCGAGUCUGAUCGUCUUUGUUUACUCAACUCUACCCUAUUUUAGUUUGAAAUAUGUUAAAUAAUGGAGUUCUAUUAAAACACAAACGUGUUAAAGGCGA